AUGAUCUCCAACGACGACAUCCCACCGCCGCCGCAAGGCUGGAUGCCGAUCGACACGACCCGAGCCCCGCCAGCCCACGGCAUGCGGCCUGUCUGGCCAAUUACGCCGCCGUGGACGCACCCUGCCCCGCUGUCCUUCGCCAGAUGGAUGGCCAUCGAGCGCCGCAAGGCCGCCGCCCGUCUCGAUGAUUUCCUGUGGCAGCGGGCUCCUUUCGGGGAAGGGGAGUACGAGCAGUUCAUGGUGCUCGCCGACGCCCUCGAGCGGAUCCCGGACGAGCGCGACCGCGCCUGGUUCAUCUGGAACCGCGGCCGUGCUGGCCGCCAGCACCCGUACAACCUCGGUUGGAACCCCAACCUGGGGUACUGA